AUGUCACUGUUGGGGUGUCCUCUUGGUGACAGAAACAUAAUCGGCUACAUUUUACCUGAAAAUAAGGUUAAAAAGGCCGAAAAUGCCGAUUCUGAUGGGGAAGAUGAUGAGGAGGAAGAAGCACAGCCGGAGUUUCUGGAUAUGAAAGAGAUGGACAGCGUUAGCUCUGGAGGACAUCUGUUUAAGUCCUCCAUACCGGCCCGAAACGAAGGUGGUUGGUCGUUGACAGAUCAUCAUAGCUUUGAUAAGUUCACAUGAUAAAGUUAGCCUAACUAGCUAAUGAGGUUGUCACUUGCAACAAAUGAGGCAUGUUUAUCUAGCUAACAAGUUGCCAACCAUCUGCGAUAAGGGACCGUGACAGUGUCACUUUGUCGAUCGAGCUUGUAUUGAUUGUAACUUCUACUGUAGAAAUAGGAGCUAGUUGCCUACUGUAAUUCUACAGUUUGUUCAAUCUGCUUUAUCUCUUGAUAGUGACACUAAAACACACACACAAAACUCAUACAAUCCACCACGAUGAAUGCAUUCUGAUGAUCUAGCUAGCUAGCUAGUCCGCUAAAUAACUAACUAUCUUGUGUAAUUGUUUCGUUUUCUAUCACAUGCCCAUUCCAGUUGAGUUCCUGGACAUUGUGUCUGGUAAGAGAUGCAGAGUAGAGGGCCGGUUCAGUCUGAAGGACCCAUGGUGGGAGGCAACCUUCACGGCCCGCGCAGCCAGGGGCAAGCUGGUGCUGCGGGGCUACCCUGCCUACCGCCUUCGCUCAGACCUCCAGGUGGACCAGGGUCGCUCCGUCCUGUCUCUGCGGGGCUACCCUGCCUACCGCCUUCGCUCAGACCUCCAGGUGGACCAGGGUCGCUCCGUCAUGUCUCUGCGGGGCUACCCUGCCUACCGCCUUCGCUCAGACCUCCAGGUGGACCAGGGUCGCUCCGUCCUGUCUCUGCGGGGCUACCCUGCCUACCGCCUUCGCUCAGACCUCCAGGUGGACCAGGGUCGCUCCGUCCUGUCUCUGCGGGGCUACCCUGCCUACCGCCUUCGCUCAGACCUCCAGGUGGACCAGGGUCGCUCCGUCAUGUCUCUGUUCCUCGCGGCCUGCGGCGUGGGUGCAGAGUUCGUCACCCCGUUCUUUGCUUGGCUGCCGAUGGGAAGGAAGGUGGGGUUUGACAACCUGCAGGAAGUUCUGGCUGAGUUUGAGGAAGGAGAGCAGCACAGAGCAUUGGCACAGCAGAUUAAAGCGUUGGUCUCUGUUUCAGGUAGGUGGACGUGGGGGAGAGAUACACCUUGACCUACAGUGUUUUGGUAAUAUGGAGUGCUGUGAGCAAAGACCAUAGGUGUGUUCAAAUACUAAUAUUAACCGUACUAUUUGUGACAUAAAUUGAGUAUGUAGUAUGCUUAUUGGUCAUAGUAUGGAUAUAGUUAGUAUGCCAAAAGUUCCCGGAUGUCGUACUACAUUCGCCAAAAUACGAAGUAUACAAUCAAUGGACACUAUUUCCGUGCUUUUAGGGCCCAUAAUGCAAUUCUUCAGAAAAUGUGCUUGGCUUCACAACGUUUUCAGAUUUGAAGAAAAUGGCGGAAAAAGUGCAGCAGAAGUCAGACGAGAGCGGAUACAAAUUCGUUGCUUUAACUAAUUAUGACAAAUGUUAAUGAAAAUGUUGAGCAAUGUAAUGAAGUAAUGACUUUUCAAAUAAGUUACAAGUUAUGUUGGCUGACAAUUUGUUAGCUACGCUAUCUUUAUGAACCGCAUAGCAUAUCAUUACAGCAGUAUGUACCAGGUAUGUUAGCUACAUACUGUAACGUUAGUUGGCUACUAAUACAUCGAACUUACCAGUAUAUUUACCUAAUGCUAUCUAACUAUAACUACCCAACGUACACUACCGUUCAAAAGUUUGGGGUCCUUGUUUUCGAAAGAAAAGCAAUUUUUUUUGUCCAUUAAAAUAACAUCAAAUUGAUCAGAAAUACAGUGUAGACAUCGUUCAUGUUGUAAAUGGCUAUUGAAGCUGGAAACGGCUGAUAAAAAAAAAAAUAAUAAUAAUUUGAAAAUCUAUUUCAGCAACCAUCAGUCCUGUGUUCCAAUGGCACGUUGUGUUUGCUAAUCCAAGUUUAUCAUUUAAAAAGGCUAAUUGAUCAUUAGAAAACCCUUUUGCAAUUAUGUUAGCACAGCUCAAAACUUGUGCUGAUUAAAGAAGCAAUAAAACUGGCCUUUUUGAGACUAGUUGAGUAUCUGGAGAAUCAGCAAUUGUGGGUUCGAUUACAGGCUCAAAAUGGCCAGAAACAAAUAACUUUCUUCUGAAACUCGUCAGUCUAUUCUUGUUCUGAGAAAUGAAGGCUAUUCCAUGCGAGAAAUUGCCAAGAAACUGAAGAUCUCGUACAACGCUGUGUACUACUCCCUUCACAGAACAGCGCAAACUGGCACUAACCAGAAUAGAAAGAGGAGUGGGAGGCCCCGGUGCACAACUGAGCAAGAAGACAAAUACAUUAGUGUCUAGUUCGAGACACAGACGCCUCACAGGUCCUCAACUGGUAGCUUCAUUAAAUAGUACCCGCAAAACACCAGUCUCAAUGUCUACAGUGAAGAGACGACUCAGGGAUGCUGACCUUCUAGGCAGAGUUGCAAAGAUUCUUAAAUUCGCUCUGGCUAUCUACUCCGAUUUCAGAGCACUCUCGUCUGUGUGCCAGAGCGCAGAAUAACUUAUGUAUUUACGAACGCUCAACACCCGUUGAAUGAGGCCGGUGUCAAUAAACGUCAGCAAAAAGCUAAAUUAAAUUGUUGCCAGCAGCAGCUACAUUCACCAACGCUCUGGAUAACAUGAAAACAGCCUAACCAGCUCUGCUCGGGCGAGUAAAAUGGUCAGAGUGAGGUGUUCUCUCAUUUGUGUCUGAAGUAGCUAGCAAGUUAGCCAGUUAGCUUGGGUGCUUGACUGCUGUUGUUAGGUCAGAACGCUCGGAUCAACCCUACUCCUCGGCCAGAGCGUCCAGUGUGCGCUCUGAAUGCUCCGAGAACAAAGCGCUCUGAAUUUACGAACUGACAAUCUGACAACGCCCUGAAUUUACGAACGCCCAGAGCACAUUCUGGCACUCCAGAUUGAAUUUAUGAACACACCCGGAGUCUAGCUAGAAAUGUGUUACGCUAACAAGCUAGCAAGAGGUUGCAUAGCAACAGCAUCAACUUCCGGUAGACAGUCGAAGCGCUAAUACGCGCAACUGAAAUGAUACCGUUCCUUUACAGUAUACUAAAAUGAACUAAUAGUAUGCAGUAUAUACUCAUUAAGUAUGUAGUAUACAGUAUGUUAGUCUGGGUAUUGGAAAACAGCUCGUCAUCGGUCUGUCUGUCUAUCAGUUGCAGGGAUGCGCGUGAAGGCUGCCUCUCUGUACCCCCAUGUGAUGAGAUACCUGCCUACCCUGCUGCCCGGGCGCUUCACUGAGCUACUGGGCCGGGGCAAGGGCAGCGAGAAACGUCCUGCAGCACAGGGAGCUACACAAGCCCCUACACAUGUCACACCGAUGGAUGAAGAUGAGGAAGAGGAGCGUCUCAGCUUGCUGGCUAAAAUAGAGGAGAUUAUCAAGACUGAUGUCUGGAAGCUGGGCUUUAACUAUGUAAGUGUAAUCUCCUGGCUGGUUGAGGACUGUUGUUUGGUUAACAAACUGUGGUGUCAACAGAGGGCGACAAAGGUUUCGUAGACUGGUCGACAGAACCAAUCCAGUCGGGAACCGAUAAUAGCACAAUCAAUAGCCCAGACGAGAGUGGAGGAGCAGAGAAGACUAAAUAAAAAGAUCAAAGAAAAGAGAAGAAUAAGGAGAGUGAGAGGAGUAACUAGACAGAGAGAAGAGGGCGAAGAAAGGGGGGAAAAUGGAGAGAGGCAAAGAUAGCGCGAGAGGAAGAAGGGAGAGAGGGAGAGAGAGAGGAGAGAGAAGGAGAGGGAAGAGAGAGAGGAGAAGAGGAAGGAAAAGGGGAGAAAAAAAGAAGAACAAGAAGAAAAAUAGAAGAAGGGAAAAACAGAAAAAAAGAAACAAAAAAAAAACCCAAAAAAGAGGGAAAAAAGGAGAAGAGGGAAAGGAAGAGAGAGAGAGCAAUAAGAGAGAUAGAAGGAGAGGGAAAAAGGAGGAGAGAGGAAGAGAAAAAAAGAGAAGGGAGAAGAGAGAGAGAGGGAAAAGAGAAGAGAAAAAAGAGAGAGAAGAGAGAAAGAAAAAAAGAGAAGAGAGAGAAAAAAAAAAGGAUACAAAGAGAGAGAGAGACAAAAAAAGAGGAGACCACCACAGAGAGAGGAAGAAAACCCCCCUCGACAAAAGGAGAUACAGCCCCCCUAGCGGUCUCUCUAUCUCGCCCCCCAACCUGCUUUCCCCAACUCCCAAAUUUACCACCCCCCCUCUUCCCCCUCCUCCUUGCCAUCCCCCUCCCAGGUUGAAAGAUUGAGGCGUCCGUUUCGAGCCGGAAUCAGAGUGUAACUCUUCAAGAGAUCCCCGAAGCAGCGAAACCUCCAGCUACGAUUCUUAAAGACCCUGCGCAGGAGGCAGUAAAAAAGAAUCCAAGCUGUGUGACGAGGUAAAGGGGGGGGUUUUAGCUCGGGGGAGAGGAGGUACGAGGACACUGAGAAGGGCCCCUGCCCCCCUUGGUUUUAAUCCUAGUGUUUUUUGAUGUGGUGUUGGGCCCCGGGCCUCCAGUUCCACUUUUAUUUUGCCCCCCAUUCCAAAAGGGGGCCCCCCCCCCCAAAAAAAAAAAAAAAAAAAAAAAAAAAAGGGGGGGGGGGGGAAAAAAAAAAAGGGGGAAAAAAAACCCCCCGGGGGGGGAAAAAAGGGGGAAAAAAAAAAAGGGGGGGGGGGGGGGGGGGGGGGGGGGGGAAAAAAAAAAAAAAGGGGGAAAAAAAAAAAAAAAAGGGGGGGAAAAAAAAAAAACCCCACAACCACCCUAAGAGAAAAAAGACCCCCCCUCACCUCUAUUCCGCCUCCUCCACCUACAUCCUCUCUCUCUCCCUACUCCCCCCUCUCUCUCUAGGUGAUGUACAAGGAGUUGAGGCUCGUCCGUUGCGAGGCUCAGCUGAGAUCCUUCCAUGAGUGUAAACUCUUCCAAGAGAUCCCCCUGAAGCAGCGUAACGCCCUGCGAGUCUACGACUCUCUAAAGAUCCACUGCUGCAGGACGGGCAGUACCUACACAGAGCUCCCCAGCCUGUGUGACGAGGUCAGGAGGGGGUGUAGCUCCGUGGGGGAGGAGGAGGUACGAGGAACACUGUAGAAAGACCUCUGUCCACUUUGUGUUUUUAAUCCUCAGUGAUUGUUUGAUGUGUUGUUGUUGACUCGCUUGCUGAGCCAGCUCCAUAUGUAUUUGGAAUUUCAAACGACUUAAUUAAUUCAUUCAUUCAGGUUUGGGACGCUGUCCACUUCCUCAAAGAGCUGGGUGUGGUGGUGCGGGAUCGCCAGAAGGUGGCGCUGCAGAACCUGCAUUCUUAUGAGACUGGGAUAGCUGAGUGUCUACGCUGUCUGGUGCAGGGAGAGCCCUGGGUUAUACCUCUGGAUGUCAUAGAGGUACUGACUACUUCAGCACUGGAGAGGCUGAGGAAGAGAGGAGGGAGUGGGGAGGAUCAAGGUGAGGUGAACUCCGACACAGAGCAGAAGGCUGAUCAUCUGAAUGAAAGGUGUGAUAUGGAGGACACCGCUGCGGAGACAGGCCGUACUAAUGCUGCUGUUGGAACGGCCAAUGGAUACUCUGACCCAGACCACAUCAAACGAGACCCAGAACCAGCCCCCCUUACAUACCAGGGCCCCUAUCCUCCUCCAGUAGAUUUAGACCCAGACCAGGUGCGUGCGGCGGAGAUGAUCUGCUCCAACCCGGUGACUGUGAUCAGCGGUAAGGGUGGCUGUGGUAAGACCACGGUGGUGAGUCUGGUGUUCAAGGCAGCCAUGCAGCAGAGCCCAAAGAAGAAGGAGGAGGAGGAGGAGGAGGAGGUCAGGAAGGCAUGCUGGGACUUUGAGAAUGACUUCUGGCUGUCCGAGCGGUGGGAAGAAGAAGCCCUGUCGCAGAGUCUCCUCUCUCAGUUAGAGGGGGAG